GGAGGGGAGGUGCAGGGGAGGAGCGGGUGGGGAGAGGAGCUGGGAGGGGCUGGUGGACGCUGGGGGACCCCAAAGCCUCUCUCCGGGAUCCCCGCACCCUGCUCACGUGGGUCCUGCAGACAUGCAUCCUGUGAGGUGGCCUCUGUGACAUGCAGGCUGCUGACGUGUGUCCCGGUCUCUUCACCUAUAGGUUCAAGUUCCUGCAGGAGAUGAUGCUCCUCUGGGCCUUUCUCCUUGUCAUCUGGUUGCCUCAGGUCAUGCUGGAAGGAUAUUGGACCUAUAAUCUGAAAUGCUACGAUUGUUGGACCAUCAACAACUUCUUUUGUACAAGUAUGACAUUGUGUCCAACAAACCUCAGGCGCUGUAUGACCAUCUCUGUUCGUUUGAACAGUCGGGAGCUACUCGUUUACAAGAACUGUACGAGCAACUGCACGUUUGUGUAUCCAAGCGAAGUGCCUGCUGAAGCCCCAAGAUCACAGUUUUUUAAAACUAAUAGUUUCUAUUUUGUUCGUUGUUGUGGUAGUAUUAAUUGCAAUGAAGGAGGUCCUAUUUCUCUUGAAAAGGAUAUUGUACAUGAGGAUAUAAUUGAGGAACGUGUAGUAGCAAUGGCACACAUGGGGGAGUCAACACUUUCCCUGAGCAUUGCCUCCAUCCUGGUCAGCCAUACACUGACAUGAGAAGCCCUCUGGGAGGGUCUGAUCUCUUCCCUCAUUCCUCAGAGCAAGUUCACUCUCCUUUCCUCCCUUGUGAGCCAAGGAUACUGACCCACAGGGCCCCAGGUGGACCAGUUACCCUUUCCCGGCUUAUUUCAAGAGAGAAAUAAAGAACAUUAUUGCUUGGA